AUAAAUCUGCUUGUAACUGUUAAAGUAAAGUUUGUGGUAUCCAGAACAUUGCGUGCAACUCCUAGGAAGCAUAGUGAAAGCGUGUCCGUUGUUAAAAAACCGUCAAACGUCCAGUAAAUCGAACGAAAUCGAGAUGGCCGACGUCGCGGAGAGCGCAGCCUUCACCGACCCCGCUACGGCGAUAUCCCACGGGAGACGGCACCUGUUAGUCAGGGAUUACACCAUGGCUGUGACCGCGUUGGCGCAAGCCUGCCAGCUGUUGGUUGAUAAGCACGGCGACACGGCAGAUGAGCUGGGUGAGCCUUAUUUGCUUUACGGCCGUGCCCUCCUCGGUCUGGCCAGAGAGGAGGCUGGAGUGUUGGGUGGUGGAGUGCCAGGCACAGAGGAAGCUGAAGAGGACGACGAGGAGGACGAAGAGGAGGGUGAAGAUGAGAAACUGAGCAACGUAGACGAGAAGGAGGAGGAGGAGGAUGAAGAGCAGACGGACAAUGGAGCAGCAGCAGCCGGUGAGGCGAAAGAGGAGGCUGAGGAUAAAGAUGAGGAUUCGAAGAGCGAGCAGGAACCCGCGAAACCGGAAACUGAGAAGAAAGAGGAGAAGGUAGAGUCGAGUAGCGAGAAGAAAGAGACGGAAAAAGUGAAGUCUGAGAAGAGCGAGGAUGGUAAGAAAGAGGAACAGGUAGCAGAGAAGCAGAAGGAAGAGGAGAAUUCCACGGCUGGUUCUAGUAAGGAUACCAGUCACGCUAAUGGUCCAUCUUCCUCGACGGAACAGAACGGGGUUGCGAAAGAGAAUGGAGAGGAUGACGGAGAGAAUACGGCGAAAGACGACGAAGAGGAUGAAGUGAACAAUUUGCAGGUGGCCUGGGAGGUACUGGAGCUGGCGAAGUUGGUGCUUUUGAAACGUGGUCAACCCGGUUGGAAGAUGCUAGCCGACGCUUAUCGACUCCUAGGAGAGGUGGCCAUGGAGGGAGGGAACUUCCAGGGUGCUUUGAACGACCUGCACAGCUGUCUGGAGCUAUUGCAGCAGAUUGAACCGCGGGAACCAAGGGCAAUAGCCGAGAUCCACUACCAGCUGGCGUUAGCUCAUUCUCUAGGCAACGAAUUCGACGCCAGUAUCGAAGAGUUUCACAAAGCGACAGAGUUGUUGGAGGCGCGUAUCAAAGAGCUAGAACAGGUAAAAGAACCACCAAAAACGGACGAUUCCUUCUACACCGUGGAAGGGGAAAUUCAGGAACUUAAAGAGCUGUUGCCAGAGAUCCAGGAGAAGAUAUCCGAUAUGAAGGAUUUCAAGCAAGAGGCCUGUAAACUCGUCAUAGAGGGUAUCAAGAGUAAAGUAGCUGGCAGUUGUUCGAAUGGUGCUGGUCCAAGUGGUGAGGGCGAUUCUGCGGCGAAAGUUCAGAAACCUGCUAGUGAUAUAUCACAUUUGGUGCGAAAGAAACGAAAAGCUGACGAGCCAGAGACAGAGGUUGUUGCGUCGCCAUGCAAAAAACCGACACCGGAGAAAGCUGUUUGAAUGAAUCUGUCUAGAUGGUGCGUUUGAGACGUUCUUGACACCCUGUUGCUUCGUUUAGAGCGAUGAAAAAUUUGAGAAAUAAAAAAAAACUGUAUUGUGGAUGGAACUUUUAGCGUCGGACCAAGAUAGGGUAAAAAAAAAAAAAUCAAGUGAUUCCAAGGGGAAGACUCUGGACCCCACGGAAAAAAAUGUUUUUAGCAGAAACAGACAGGACACGCCAGUUUGACUCUUUCUUUUUUAUUCGAUGAUCACGACACUUGCAUUAUUCAGUGUCCGUGUUUUUUUUUUUUUUAUUUCGUCUUAUUCUAUCGUCUGUGUAAUUCGUUUAUUUAUUUUGUGUCUAACAAAAGGUAUUGG